AUGUUUGAACGGAAGGAGGCAGAAGGUAGCGAGUGUGAGACGCGGAGCGCCGUCGGCCUACCUGAGAGAGAGACGCCGUGGCUCGGCAGGGAUGGGAGGGCUGCGCAGUUGGUGCCGCCGCCGCCGCCGCCGCCCGGUGGCUCCCACAGCCCGCCGCCAGCCGUGCGGGCUCGGCAUGGUCACCAGUCGCUCUGCGACGGCCGCGCCUCGCGCCUCGCGCCUCCUGCCCACCCUCUGGACCGCCGCUCUGCCGGACUUAUCACUGGCCAUGAGGCGCCGCCUUUACGGCGCGGCUGGGGUCUUGGAGCUGACGGGGCGCCACCUGCGUCCCGAGCUGUACGCGCAGCGGCCGCGCUACCUGGCCCAGCUGGGCGGCGGCCGGCGCCCGAGCACGACUUGGUGGUGGUGGGCGCCGUGUCUUCGGGCUCCGUGGUGGCCAGCCGGCCGUGCGAGGCGGCGCGUGCUGCUGCUGGGGGCGGCGGCCGAGGCUCGGCGCUCGCCGGCGUGGCCGCCACGCUGCCGCGCUCCGCAGACGACCGGCAGCUGCUGGCCUGCUCGGCGGCACGGUGUACGUGCGCGGCAACCGGCGCGACUACGGCGGCGGGCAGCGCCGGCUGGUCCUACGACGGGCUGCUGCCGUACUUCAAGAGGUGCGAGGCCGCGCGGCCGCAGCGGCUGCGCGCCACCGCGCCACCGGCGGCUGCCUCGCCGUCGACGAGUACCGCUACCGCACGCCGGCGGCGGACGCGUUGUCGACGCCGGCCGCGAGCUGUCGCCGACUACAACGGCGAGACGCAGUACGGGUUCGCGCGACGGCUUGCGCUGCAGCACGGCCAGGGCCUUCCUGGAGCCCGCCGCCCGCAGGCCCAACCUCGACAUCAGCACGCACUCCCUCGUCGAGAAGCUGCUGGUGGACCCCCAGUCCAAGAACGCCACGCACGUCGUGUUCACCGAGGCCGGUCGCCGCUACACGCUCCGGGCCACCGAGGAGAUCGUCGUCUCGCCGGACCCGUAAACUCGCCCAAGCUGCUCGUGCUGUCCGGCGUAGGGCCGAAGGAACACCUCGACGAAACAGGCACCUCCCCGGUCGUAGCGGAUCUGCGGGUGGGAGACAGCCUACAAGAUCACAUCGCACCAGGCGGGCUCCUCUGUCUCGUCGACUUUCCGGUUUCCCUAGUCGUUCCGCGCCAGCUCAACACCGAGAAUAUCUUCGACUUCCUGCUCCGUAACGAGGGCCCACUGAUGACGACGGGAAUGGCAGAGACCCUCGCCUUCGUCAACACCAAAUACUCUAACGAUACGUCGUACCCUGAGGUGGCACUGUACCUCUCGGCUGUACCAGAGACUGUCGACGGCGGCGUCUACGUCAAGGGCCUGCUCGGCCCCAGCGACGAGUUCUACAGCGCCGUCUACGAACCGGGAACCGUCCGGCUGAGGGAUGCCGAUCCCAGCUCUCCACCGCGCAUCUUCGCCAACUACCUCGCACACCCGGACGACGUCCGGGCCCUGGUCGAGGCGUCGAAAUUCGGUGGCAGGCUCGGCGCCACGGAGACUAUGCAGAAACUGGGCUCCCACCUCAAGCCGCACCCGUUGCCGGCUUGCAAGCACCUCCAGCUCGUGUCUGACGGGUUCCUGGAGUGCGCGCUCCGCCAGCACACGACGUCCCUGCGCCCCUUGGGCGGCACGUGCGAAACGGGCCGGACUCCGACCCCGCCGCAGCUCAGAGUGCGCGGCGUGGACGGCCUCAGGGUCGCCGGCUCCUCCACACUGCCGGUGCUGCCCACUGCCAACACCAACGCUCCCACCAUCGUGGUGGCACACAAGGCCUCUGACAUGAUACCAGACCACUGGAUUACUCCUGACAGUGCGGAAAUUUUCUUCACACGUAUCAACUGA